AUGGAGGACCUUCGCACUGAGAUGAUGGCAGAGAUCAAACAGCUGAAGGCCAAGCAAGGAGGUGGAAGAUUAGAAGAAGUUAUGAGAGAAUAUAAAACUACUCCACUAGUACCAAGCUUAGACAAAGCUGAAAUCCCCAAGAAAUGUCUGAUUCCAGCAUUUGAAUGCUACGAUGGAUCCAGUGAUCAUGCGGCCCGCCUUUGGUAUUAUAACCGUGUGUUGGCCCGGUGGGAUCAGGACGAUGUGGUCCUUUGCAGAUAUUUCCCUUCAAGCUUGAAGGGAUCGGAUCUAUGUUGGUUUGAUAACCUACCUCCCAACUCCAUCAAUUCGUACGAGCAACUCACUGAAAAGUUCUUAAGAACUUACAUGUACAAAAAGGCUGUCCACGCUGGGAUGGACAAGUUAUUCUCAUUGGCCACCAGAUACAAGGAGACGACCAGGGAAUACACGGAUAGAUGGCAUAAAAUAUGCCAGGCUAUAGGUAAUAUAGACCCAGUGGUCAGCAUUAACUGCUACAAAUGGGGACUAGAUAGGAUGAGCCCGUUGUUUGUCGAAAUUCAUGGGAGUGUACCCAUGACUGAAGGAGAUCUUCGGGCCAGCGGAUCGAAGAGAAGUUCAAUCGAACGCCCAAACGAAGAUAAGAGAGGAAGAAGAGAAGGCCCUCGGAAUGAUGAUCGAAAGUUCGAAGAUCAGGUUUACACAAAGCUAAAUACAAGUUAUGCUCGAAUCUUAAAAGAAAUUAAGGGUCGAGAAAACUUGGAUUGGCCAUGGUCAAAAGGGAAACAACCCCCAAGAUCUGAAAAAUCGAAGGAAUACUGCGAUUACCACUGUUUCAAUGGGCACCAAACCGAGAAGUGCAAGAACUUGAAGAUAAUGAUCCAAAAGCUUAUCGACAACGGAGAACUUAAGCAAUAUAUAAGGAAGGAAGAAGCAGAUGAUAGGUCAAAACGAAGCAAGCAAGUUCAAUUUCCUGAAGGCAAUCGAACUCUGGACACCAUUUUGUGUUCGGAAGCCACGGGACCGUCUCUAACAUCACAGAUUGGAAAAAGGAUGAGAAAACAGUUCGAAGACUACUGCGAGCUGUACAAAAUCGAUGGGGUAAAAAUAGACGAUCAUGAUCAAUGGAUGGAUGCACCAAUAACUUUCGAGGCAUACGAUGUGGAGGAAGACAUGGAGGAUCACAAUGAUCCUUUGGUCCUCACACUGCCCGUAGCAGGGUGCAACAUCAAGAAAAUUCUCAUUGACGGAGGAAGUUCAGUCAAUGUCUUGUUUUAUGAUACGUUCAAACGGAUGGAGUUAAGCGAUGAGCCGCUGAUAUCUUCGUACCACACUAUUUAUGGAUUCAAUGGGGCUCCCACGAAACCGUUGGGGGACAUUUUUUUGCAAAUAAAUGCGGGACCAAUGAAGAUAAACACCCGUUUCAAAGUAGUAGACGCUCCUUCCCCCUACAAUGCUAUCAUCGGAAGAAGAUGCGUGCACAACUCAAAGGGAUAG